UUUUUUUUUUUUUUUCUCUUCUCUCUUCUCAUAUAAUAGGGUCCGAUCCAAUCCCUUCCCACAAACUGUUCCAACUGUCACCGUCGGAUACUUCCACAUCCACGCAAUCUCUACCGUCCCUUCACUCACCCUUCUGCUAUGUCUUCCCCUUACCCUCUUUCUUUCAUCCUCUCCGAUUGGCUGCUUCAGCGGUACGGUUCCGAUGCGAUUGGCUCGUUCUCAGUGCAAAAUUCCUGAAUCCUCUUAUCUUCAUCGUUCUUCGCACUCUCGAAUCUUCCUCUUCUGUUAUUCUUCCUUUCCCACGCCUCUUUGGCGGCGCCGCUUUCCGCACGUGUAGCAUAAUCCCUGGACACUCUUUUUCGACCUCAACGGGACCGAUCCAAGAAUUUUAGAUCUACUCAACCGGAGACUGUGCCCGUCAUGGAGGAUCGGGAUGCCCGCCGGAUGGCGACUGCUACUAAGCUAUCGGAUGUGGUUCUGGACUGUGUGAUGCCGUACAUCCAUGACCCCAAGGACAGGGAUGCGGUGUCGCAGGUGUGUCACCGGUGGUACGAACUCGACUCGCUCACACGGAAGCACCUCACGAUUGCGCUCUGCUACACGACCACGCCUGACCGGCUCCGGAGGCGGUUCCCGCACCUAGAGUCGCUGAAGCUGAAAGGGAAGCCCCGGGCAGCUAUGUUCAACCUCAUACCGGAGGAUUGGGGAGGUUUCGUUACACCGUGGGUUAAAGAGAUCUCUCAGUACUUCGAUUGCUUGAAGUCACUUCACUUUCGCCGCAUGAUUGUGACAGAUUCUGAUCUUCAGGUUCUUGCUUACUCGCGUGGUCACGUACUUCAGGCGCUCAAGCUCGAUAAGUGCUCCGGAUUCUCCACGGAUGGCCUUUAUUAUAUUGGUCGCUUUUGCAGGAAUUUGAGAAUCUUGUUGUUAGAGGAAAGCUCACUUGUUGAGAAUGAUGGUGACUGGCUCCAUCAGCUUGCUUUGAAUAAUACAGUUCUGGAGACCCUAAAUUUUUACUUGACUGAUAUUGCCAAUGUCAGAAUCCAGGACCUUGAACUUAUAGCCAGAAAUUGCCCCAACUUAAACUCAGUGAAAAUUACUGAUUGUGAAGUAUUAGAUUUGGUGAACUUCUUCCGGUAUGCAUCUGCUCUAGAAGAAUUUUGUGGAGGUUCCUACAACGAAGAAUCAGAGAAGUACGCUGCUAUAUCAUUGCCAGCAAAAUUAAGUCGUUUGGGUUUGACAUAUAUUACAAAGAAUGAAAUGCCCAUAGUGUUCCCUUAUGCAGCCUUACUGAAAAAAUUGGAUCUUUUGUAUGCAAUGCUGGAUACAGAGGACCAUUGUACGUUAAUCCAGAGGUGCCCCAACUUGGAAGUACUUGAGUCAAGGAACGUGAUUGGAGACAGAGGAUUAGAAGUGCUUGCUCGCUGUUGUAGGAAGCUUAAAAGGCUUCGGAUUGAAAGAGGUGACGAUGAUCAAGGAAUGGAGGAUGAAGAAGGUGUUGUUUCACAAAGAGGACUAAUUGCUUUGUCACAUGGCUGUCCAGAGCUGGAAUAUUUGGCCGUUUAUGUAUCCGACAUUUCAAAUGCAUCUCUAGAACACAUUGGUACUCACUUGAAAAACCUUUGUGAUUUUCGCCUUGUCUUGCUUGACCGAGAAGAGAAAAUAACUGAUUUGCCACUUGACAACGGAGUGAGAGCUUUACUGAGGGGUUGUGAUAAGCUCAGAAGAUUUGCUCUGUAUCUGAGACCUGGGGGCUUGACCGAUGUGGGACUGGGUUACAUAGGACAAUACAGCCCAAACGUGAGAUGGAUGCUUCUAGGGUAUGUAGGAGAGACUGACGAAGGGCUGUUGGAAUUCUCUAAGGGCUGCCCCAGUCUGCAGAAGCUUGAAAUGAGGGGAUGCUCCUUUUUUAGUGAGUAUGCACUAGCUGUUGCUGCAACUCAACUAACUUCUCUGAGAUACCUAUGGGUUCAAGGUUAUGGAGCAUCUCCUUCUGGGCGUGAUCUUUUGGCAAUGGCUCGGCCCUAUUGGAACAUUGAGUUGAUUCCUUCUAGACGCGUGGUUGUGAACAAUCAACAGGAAGAACCUGUAGUUGUUGAGCAUCCGGCUCAUAUUCUUGCAUAUUACUCCCUUGCUGGCCCAAGAACAGAUUUUCCAGAUACUGUUAUACCUUUGGAUACUGCAACAUAUGUUGACACUUAAAGUUGUAAAUACCAUUUUUUUUUUCUUAAUCUUUCCCAAGUUUUAUUUUUUUGGUUUUCUUCCCUUCAAAUCUUUGUUUGUACUUUGUAAGUGGUUGACAGUGUUUUAGUUUAGAGGGUUUCAAUUUUCUCUGUAAUUCCUAGACGAUAGCCUUGUAAUAAGCUCGUGUUCUUGGCUUCCUAUAAACUCUUGCAGAAGGUAGUUCCCUUUCCACUGAAGAUGCUCAAUUUUGUGAAUAUAAAGCAUGGGAUUGUUUCUA